UGCAGCAAUGACGGGUUUUGCACUCAUCUUGGGGGUGAGGGUGGGUGGUAGUGGAGGUCCUUCCAUUAUUUUCUAUGGAUUUUAACGUCAGAAUAGAGUCUGUUGCUACCGUGAAUUUUCCUCCCAGAAAGUUUUUUUAAUCAAACAAAAAAUGUGGGUUUGAUGACCAUUAACAACUUGAAAACGACAUAUCUGAAACUAACCCCUCAAGUUUUAAAAGUUCGUGCUGCUUUUCUCAAUCGACACCUCUUCUGUCUGCGUGACGGGUCGUCCAUCCAAGUGGCCGCUGCUGCCCCACCAACUCCUCCCACUCGGCCCUGUCAUCACCACAAGAGAAAGCCUCCUCCUCUCUGAGGGACUGCUCCUCUGACUGACUUUUCACAGUCCGAUGCCCCGACAGGACUCAGCAGGCAUGGCAGGCAGCCUCGCGCACCAGGGCUCCCCGAACCCGGGCUACAAUGCCCACAACCCAGUCACUGUGCCGGUCCCCACCCAGACUGACUCCAGGGACAAGUGGAGCAAGAAGAUGGAUUUUCUCUUGUCUGUCAUUGGCUUUGCAGUUGACCUGGGAAAUGUUUGGAGGUUUCCGUACAUAUGUUAUCAGAAUGGUGGCGGUGCUUUCCUUAUACCCUACAUAUUGAUGGCCAUCUUUGGUGGUGUGCCGCUCUUCUACAUGGAACUGGCGCUGGGGCAGUUCCACAGAACUGGAGCCAUAUCCAUAUGGAAACACAUCUGUCCCAUUUUCAAAGGGAUAGGUUAUGCCAUUUGUAUCAUCGCUCUGUAUGUGUCCUUCUACUACAACACCAUCAUCGCUUGGGCCCUUUUCUACUUCUACUCCUCAUUUUCAACCAUCUUGCCUUGGACAAACUGCGAUAAUGCUUGGAAUACCCCUGACUGCACCAACUAUUUUGGCAUGGACAACGUCACUUGGACAAAUUCCUCAAGGUCUCCAGCAGAGGAAUUUUACACGAGAAACGUCCUGGAGAUCCAUAAGUCGUCGGGGUUGAAAAAUGUGGGGGGGGUCCGCUGGCAGCUGUUGCUUUGCCUUUUUUUGAUUUUCACUAUAGUUUACUUCAGCCUCUGGAAGGGGGUCAAGACCUCAGGGAAGGUUGUGUGGGUGACCGCCACCUUGCCCUACAUAGUGCUUUUCAUCCUUCUCAUUCGAGGAGCCACUCUGCCAGGAGCCUGGAGAGGAGUGGUGUUUUAUCUAAAGCCGCAGUGGGAAAAGCUGUUGGAGACUAGCGUGUGGGUGGAUGCCGCAGCGCAGAUUUUCUUCUCUCUUGGGCCGGGGUUUGGAGUCCUCCUGGCUCUUUCCAGUUACAACCCUUUCACAAACAACUGUUAUCGAGAUGCUAUAGUGACCAGUUUGGUGAACUGUCUGACCAGCUUUGUGUCGGGUUUUGUGAUCUUCACGGUCCUGGGUUACAUGGCAGAGAUGAGGAAGGUAGAGGUCGAAGAUGUUGCUAAAGAUAAAGGACCCAGUUUACUCUUCAUCACGUACCCAGAAGCAAUUGCAAACAUGAUGGGUUCAACAUUUUUUGCAAUAAUCUUUUUUGUGAUGAUGAUCUCACUGGGACUUGACAGCACGUUUGGCGGUUUGGAGGCGAUCAUCACUGCAGUGCUGGAUGAAUACCCAGAUCAGCUCUCACACAGACGAGAACUUUUUGUGCUUUGUUUGGUGGUGGUCUGUUUCCUGGGCUCCCUGAGCACGCUCACAUACGGUGGUGCCUAUGUGGUGAAGCUGCUGGAGGAGUUUGGAGUGGGAUGCUCCAUCAUUGCAGUCGGAUUCCUGGAGGCCAUCGCUGUUUCUUGGUUCUACGGUAUAAACAGAUUCAGCAAUGAUGUUCAGGCAAUGCUGGGCAAAGCACCAGGAUUAUUUUGGAGGGUUUGCUGGGUCGGCAUCAGCCCAGCAUUUCUGGCGUACAUCAUAGUUAGCUCCUUGCUGAAAGCCCCACCGCUCACCCUGUUUGACUAUAAAUACCCAGACUGGAGCAUCACGGUGGGCUACAUCAUCGGUUUCUCGUCUUUCAUGUGGAUCCCCAUCUACAUGGUUUACAAGCUGGUGUGGACACCUGGUUCUCUCAAACAGAGGUUGGCGGUGUGUCUGAGGCCAGAGAGGACCAUUCCAGACAUCCAUGCUGACAACCUCAACAUGACCAUUGUACAGUAGAGCGCCAAACGCAUCAGUGUUCUUGUGAAUUAUUUUUCAUGCCACACUUGGAAGUCAAUCGUGAUCAAACCUGACCUGACAUCAUGACUGUUCACCUGUUGGUGAUGUGGAACAUGUCAGCUGACUCUCACUGCAUUUGUCCACUCUGUGAAAGAGCUGAGUGCUGCUAGGGCCGUCAUUCUGAGAGGGACUCCGAUAGCAAUACCUUUGCUCUGUGUGUGAUGCUCACAAGUAUCAUUGAUAUAGUUUUCAUCCUUGCUUCUGUGGUUGUAUAAGUCAUCUGUGCUAAAUUCAGUGGUCUGUUGGUAUUUAUGUAACAAUGCCAAGGACGACUGCAUCGUGUUUUUGAAAGUGUAACAUUUGGCACAUCAUUUUCAGAACGUGGGUUCGCGUCCUCUCAUGUUUUCUGUGGUGCACAGGUCUACUCGAGGUCCAUCGAGCAGGUCAAACAUGCCAAAACUGAAACACAGAUAAAGCUUUUUAAAUAACAGCCUAUUCAACUGUAUUAUUUUUUAUUUUUACACUUUAAAAGGAUCAGAAUAUAGAAUUAUAGUAUUUAGUAGAAGAUUAUUUAAAUUCAUUUUUCUUUUGCAGCAUGUCAGUAGAACAGUUUCAGUACCUAACAGUGACUCAUUAAAGAUGUUGGAUAUGAUUUAACAACAGAAAAAGUUUAUUUUUCCUCCACAGAUGCAUCAUUUGUUCAGUCAUGAAGAAGAACAACAAUCUAAAAAUAUGACACUUGUGAGUGAGGUUAUGACUGCUGUUUCAUAAUUGAAGGUAUAAUAAGCAUGUACAAGAUGGUUUUUCGCAACUAUUUAUCAACAUACUUCUCAUCUCAUAAUUAAAAAAACUCCAGUGAUAAUGUUUUGCCUCAAUCGGAUCAAACAUAACUAUCCUUUUGUUGCCUCUCCAGCGAUGUAUGUUCUGAUGUUUUGGCAUAUAUCUUAAGUUUUAGUCACAAGUGUCAACUUAUCUUCAAAGCUUUUUUAACACUUAUUUGAAAAUGAUGUAAUGAUUGUUGUCUCAUGCGUUGCAAAUUUCUGAUCAGAUGUGUAUAAAGUGAUACAGUGAUGUA